UUGGGUCCAGGCGGAACCAAAAUAAGGGGAUCUUCGUGCAGAAUAACUGGACUCUUGGUUUUCGCGGAGCGGGACGAAUUAAGAGGGAAAACACCAACAACCGUGAGGUCCUACAGGGAGUGAGAAUGGUCUCUACCGUCACGAACAGCGACGUGAAGCAGAAAGAUGUGGACCAGGCGGUGGUUGUUGCCGUGACCUUUGCUGCAGUUUUUGGACCAGAAGCUGAAGAUGGCAGCACAGUUUACAGGCUGGGCGUGGCUCUUCCAUUGCUGCAGGUUCUGCAGAGAGUGAAUGAGCGUCUGCUGGAGAAAAAUCCGGCUGAACAUCAGCUGUUUGAUGUCAUCUUGAUCACUACGGACAGCUGGCAGCAGCAGCAGAAUUCCAGCAUCAUUAACAGCACCAGACAUCACGGUCUGGAAAUCAGCAGGUUCUGCUUUUCAGCAGAGGACAACUACAUCGAGAGUCUCGUGCAAAAUAAUGUUCAGCUCUUCUUUACGACAGAUGGAAACGAAGCCUUGCAGGCAACACACCAGGGUGUUCCCUCCGCACUGCUGGAUAAGAACUCGGUUUCCUGUCCAUCAGAACAGCUCAGAGUUUUAUUCUGUGAGAAGGCCAUCAUCCAACCCAACAUGGGUUCAACAGAAGCAAGCAAAAAAUCUGCUCAGAACUUUUUAGCUCAUUUAGGCCAGAUGAGGCAGAAGUUCGGUGUGUUUGACAGCCCUCUUUGCUUCACUCUUGUAACAUCACAUGGUGGCAAAGACAGCUGCUGCUGUGCCCUAAAAUCACUUCGGUCCCUGGGCGUCAGCGUGGACGAAGCGUACUGCCUGGGUGGGGCCCCGCGUGGCCCCAUCCUGUCGCUGCUCCGACCUCACUUUCUGCUCAGCGAUGGAUUCAGCCUGCUGGAGGGCUGAUUGUCUCUUCGCCUGGAUGUCACAGAAACUUCGAGAACAUUUUGUGGAUAUCACUUAACUCAGCAUUAGACAAUCGGUGAAGUUCGUAAAGGUAUACAAAUGCAAAGGAGGUUCAACACAGCUGAACUGUGUUGCUUGAUAAAACCUAAACCUCCAUUCUGGGUAAAAGAUGACUGUGAUGCUACUCUGAUUGGUCGCUUUUGAUUGGGUGUAUUGUUUUGUUUUUUUUUCAGGCAGGAGGUGGAGAAGCUCAAUCUUUUCAC